GGUCCCGUUUGUCUCUAUGAAGUUUAAACGAUGGAAACCCACUCCAGCGUCAGUUUGAUGGUCAUGUAUGAAGAUGAGUCGGUCGAUGUUCGCCGUGGAGACGGAGUCCAGCUGCAGCUGUCUCCAUGUGGCUGUGAGUUCAUUCUGGUGAAAGCCAAAGACCCCUGUGGUCAUCCUCUGCAGCCCCCUGAGAGGCUCCGACAGAGGACCAGGUUCACCAUCAGCACCUACAAGGACCUGAUGGAAGCUGCGUUGACAUUUAGGAAUAAAUAUGCUAGUCGACCGUAUUUACCAGAGGAGCUCAUCCCUGCUGCCCACAAAAAGCCUUUUUUCAGUAUCGACUCAGAUGUGCACUGGCCCGCCUGGUCCUCCUGUGAUGCGGAGCUCGGACCAGGAGGUGAGACCGUCAUCAGGUCGGAGGAGGGACGAGCCGCUCUGAUGCUGUCUCCCUCGGGCGAAGAAUUCUCCGUUGAGUUCACAUGCAGCCUCAGCCAGACUCACAGACAGCAGCACAGCAUGCAGCAAUUGAGUGGAGACCACGUUAGCAGUCUGACCUUUCAGGGGGAUGAUGAGACCAAAGAGGAAAACAGAAGGGAUCAGUCACUCAAAUCCAGAUGUUCUCCUGGGAUCAUCACCCACAGCGCUGCCCAGCCAAAGCCAGAGGAGAUGUACCAGUGCACCACAGUGGUCCAGCAUCACUCCUGCUUUGCCGUUGCCCACACUUGGCACUACCCUCUCUCCCUGGCUCGCCACCACUGGACAGCUCGUCUCUCUGAACCUCCUGAAGAUGUUGAAGCAGAGGGAACCAGGCAUUCAAACCAGGCAGACAGCGGAAUACACACAUUAAAUAUUGGAGAGAUCAAAUCUGGCCUUCCUCAGUCAUUGCCUCUCACAUGUUCAUCACCUCAUUGGCACAGGUGGAAAAUUAAAGACCCCCUGGCCACAAACGAACAAUCAGAUCAAAACUUUGCAACAGAUCCUGUAAAAGUGAUGUGGUGUCAAGGAGUGAUCUACAGGAUACUGAGCGGGGCUGUGCCAGUCAUUGAGGUUUCUCUAGGAGAUGGAUCAGUCAUCCGGUCUAACGGUGUCCUUAACACUUAUUUCACCCAUCACAAGCCUGAGCUCCAGUCAGGGAGGGUGAAAGAGGUAACGUACCACCUGAACAAUCUUCCACCUGAUGUGCCUGGACAGGUGUACUCUAUAUGCUCUGUUGUGAAUCGUGCGAGCAGGAUCCUCGCUUGCUACGACCAAGCCAAGCAAUCGCUGAAGCUCCCAGUCACACCCAGCUGCUUACAAGAGGAUAGACAUUUUUCUAAACCAGAAAUACUUGAAGUAAACCUGACCAAUCCUACAACUGUUGAAACGGUAGAAAGUCGGUCAGAUCUUGUAGCUGCAGAACUGGAGAAGAUAAAACGAUUCAACUUCCUGCUGGAGAAUAACUACCUGCUGGGAAGUGAGAAAAGAAGUGCACGACUGGAAGAUAGUCGUGUAGAGCAGGUGACUGUUGAGCAGGUGAAUGAGAGCUGCAUAGCCGAGGCUCUUCAGAGGACAUCCAAAGCCAUACAGGACAUCGAUGCUCUCAUAUCUGCUGCUACACUGACUUGA